UUAGUAACAAUUAGGUUCUAUUCUAAUUGUUCAAAGAGCUCAAGGGAUUGUAUUAUCGAUACAUACACAAAGCCAAAGUUACGACACCUGAGGUAGAAUUUUAACAUCAGGCAUAAAACGCAAAAUCAACCAAAAAUGUACGAUCUACUGUUUUCGACUACCGUUUUGACUUGAAAACUUACAGCAUCAAGUCACAUGACUUCUUGUAAUGCAAAAUGGCGGAUGAUUUUCAUUUGACAAGUGGAGUUGAUGACCUUCUAAAAAGUUAUUCGAACACUGGGGAAGUCACUAAGCUGCAGAACCAUCUGCGUCUGCUGCGAGAGGAGUAUGUCAAGCUGCAGAAGCGGCUUGCAGAUGUGGAAAAGAAGUACCAGGUGCUCUCUGCAUCAGCAGGUCAGAGUGGAGACAAUAAUUUCGUGACCCGUCUUCUCAAUACCGUGGCUGACUUGUUUGAUAAGCCACUUUACAGUGACCUGGUUGUGCAUCUGGAGGGAGGUCAUAGUAUCCAUGGACACCGGUUUGUGUUGGCUGCCAGAAGUGACUGCUGGGGCGUAGAAGAUCUGUCUAAGGUGGCAGAACUACACAUAACUGACAUCCAAUAUAAGGUGUCCUAUGCCUUGAUGAAGUGGGUGUACACAGAUGACAUUAACAUAGAAUCUGACAGCGGGUUUCUACUGGACCUAUUACGAGCAGCCACUAGAUUUAAACUAGAACAUCUGCGACAGAGGUGUGAGAACGGCUUGAUGUCAUACGUGAAUAUGAAGAAUUGUAUCCAGUUCUACCAGACCGCAGAGGAAAUGAAUGCUGUACUCCUGAAGAGCCACUGCUCUGAACUGAUCUCCAACCACUGGAAUGACUUCACAAGCGAGGAUUUCGCCACGAUGCCUGCAGCCCUGCUGUACAAGAUGUUUAAGGCAAAGACAGACUACCCACUGCACACUGCCAUUAGGGCCAGACGGGAGGACGUGGUGUUCCUCUACCUAAUAGAGUUUGAUUCACAGUUGUCCGUGAAGCUGAAUGAGGUCGAUACAAAGGGUGACCUGCCCUUGGACCUGGCACUGAAGUCACGACAGGAGAGCAUCGCCCAGACCCUGAUCAGUCACCAUGUGGACACGAGUCGUCGUGACAACACAGGCAGGGCUCUCCUCCACAAGGCCAUUAAACGAGGUGACGAGUUUUCGUCCAUGUUUCUCAUCAAGAACAAAGCGGACGUGAACAUGGUAACACACCUGGAUAAAGAGAGCCCUCUUCACAUGGCAGCCAGUUUAAACCCCGCACUGACCAGCGAGGAAGUGAUGGCAGGAUUGGCCAGAAUCUGUGAGCUGCUGCUGGGCACCGGUGCCCAUGUGAAUGCACAGGACGCUGCAGGAAGUACUCCCUUGCAUAAUGCCAUCUUCUGCAAGAACAGACCUGUGUUUGAUGUGCUGAUCCAGAAAGGACGACCUGAUCUAGAGCUGAAAAACGCUGAUGGAUUCACAGUCUUGUGGCUUGCUUUACAAGAGGGGGAGAGUGUAGAUGGACGCACUGAAGACUUGUAUGGAGAGAACAGUUUUGCUGCCUGCCUUCUCAAACAUGGAAGUAACCCAAACUCCACAGAACCAGACUCUGGUGACACUGUCCUCCAUUGUGCUGCAAGACAGGGAAAUGAGAAAGCCGCCAUUUUUCUUGCAUCACACGGGUCAAAGCCAAGCUUGGCCAAUCACAAGGGGGAGACCCCAUUGCAUAUUGCUUGUGAAAAAGGACUUACAAAUCUCGUGAAAGUUUUACUGAACAAGGGAGGUAACCCUAAUGCCCAGACCAGGACAAUUGAGCCUCCCUUGAGUAGUCUCCCUUCUGAGCUGCUUACAGAUGCAGACACAGCACCAGUUAGUCAGCAGACGCCGCUACAUUUGGCACUCCUCAGCAAUCAUGCAGAUAUUUUAGCUAUCUUCCUGCAAUUUAAAUUAUUUCUUUUAGUGGAAGCCGCGCAGUGUUCAGAAAACAACAAAGUCAUUCCAAAUUUCAACAUCAAGGAUUCUGACGGACAGACAGUGUUGGGUUUGGCGCUGUGGAGCCAUUUGUAUGAGGAAUCAGCGAAACUUCUUGGGGCUGGGGCAAACAUUAACGAGAAGAAUUCUGACGGACUAACACUUCUUCACCAAGCAAUUGAAAAACAAGACAUCUCUGGGGCAUUGUUUCUGAUUGAACACCAGGCAGACCUGGCUAUGAAGACCAGUGAGAACCAGACCCCUUUACAGCACGCUAUAGAGCGCCACCUGCCUGUGGUGGUGGAGGUGUUGUGUCAGCGGGGUGUCGACAUGGACAUGGUGGAUGACCACGGCAACUGUCCACUCUGGCAGGCACUGGACACCGGACAGGAAGACAUAGCUCAGACUCUUGUGAAGCAGGGCUGUGACGUUGACCUGUGGUUGCCUGGACCUGGCGGGUGUCACCAGUCCCUCCUACACCGAGCCAUAGACCAGAAUAAUGAACCAGUUGCCUGCUUCCUUAUAAGGAGUAAGUGUGAUUUAAACAGCCCAAGACGACCUGGCCCCAAUGGAGAGGGUGGAGAGGAAGCAAGGGAUGGUUCCACACCGCUACACCUGGCCUGUGCCUGGGGAAUGGAGCUUGUGGUGCAGACUCUAAUGGAACACGGGGUUGCUGUCAACACACAGGACAUAGAUGGUAAAACACCCGUGCAUAUUGCCAUAGAGAACCAGCAUGCAGUGAUCAUAUCUCUGCUGCUGUCCCACCCCAGCCUGGAUCUGACCAUCAGAGACAAACAUGGCCUCACACCCUUUGCCUCUGCCAUGACCACCAGAAACAACAAAGCCGCGCAGUCCAUUCUUAGCAGGGAACAAAAGGCAGCUGAACAGAUUGACAACAAAGGACGCAACUUCCUGCAUUGUGCAAUCAUGAACAAAGACAUUGAGAGUGUUCUCUUCUUGAUUGGUGUCCAUGCAAAUGUGAACUCGCGUGUGAAUGACUCAAAGCAUCUUACACCACUGCACCUUGCUGUGGAUGUUGGAGCAGACAUUAUUGUCAGAAAUCUGCUGUUGGCAGGUGCUGAGAUCAAUGCUCAUACCAAUGACAAGCAGACCAGCCUCCACCUAGCUGCCAGUAAGGACCACAGUGUCAUCUGUACCAUACUUCUGGAGAAUGGUGUAGACUUUGACGCCCUUGAUGAAAAUGGAGACAAUGCCCUCCAUAAAGCUGUGAGGAAUGGAAAUAUCAACAGUGUACGAGUCCUUCUCACUGAGUGCAGUAUAAAUGCAGAGGUUGUCAAUCAAAAAGGCCAGAAUCCCCUGCAUGUGCUUGGAGCCUAUGGAAAGGACAAUGCAGCAGCCAUCUAUGAGUUGUUCAAGGAGAGUAUGCCAGAGUACCCAAUAGCAAAGCUGGAUGCAGAGGGCAACACUGUGUUGUUGCUGGCGUACAUGAAUGGUAACGGUGCCCUGUGUCGUACCCUGGUCAGGGCAGGCUCCCCUCUGGGCACAGUCAACAAACAGGGGCUCAGUGUUUUCAACGUUCCCGUGGCUACCAAGCAGCUUCUCUUCAAAAUGUUAGAUAUGUUGGCCAAGGAGCCGCCAUGGAGUGAUGGAGAGAUGUGUUUGGAAUGCACUGUGAAGUUCAGUUUGAAAAAUAGAAAACACCACUGUCGCCAUUGUGGGAGAUUACUUUGUGCCAAGUGUUCAUCUAAAGACAUGCCUAUCAUCAAGUACAAUCUGUCCAAGCCAGUGCGGGUUUGUGACGUGUGUUUUGACGUGCUGUCCAUUGGCGGAACCUUUUGACGCAAGCUUUAAAAGUGUGUAAAGGAACUGCUGUGUUGCUGCAUUGCCAGUUUCUCAAGCCAAUAACAUUGUUUAGGUUGUACCAUAAUACUCAUAAUGUUUAAACAUUCAAAAAUUAAGGUUUACCUGCAGCUUUAUGUAUACUAUUAAAUUACUACUCAUAUUGUGUAUAUUGUAUCAUGCCAACAAGAUGUUUCUGUUUUUAAAAUAAUAGACAAAUAUUUGUUGAUUGUAUUGUCCACAAUUUAUAACUUGGUAUCAAGACUUUUGUACAUUUGGCAUAUAAUUUUUAUUUUCUGUCAAUAUUUAUUGUCCAUUUUAAUCUUUGUUUUGAUGUAUUUUGUAUGACCCAGACAUCUUAAUAUAGUGAUUGUCCUGGCUUUGGUUUGUUUGUCCAUCAGCACUUUCAUUCUUAAGUGGUUUGGUAGAUUUUGCCAUAACACUGCCUGCUACAACUAUUUGUAAGUAACACACUUGUUGUGUAGGACCAUUUUCUUUAAAUUCUUUAAACCAUAUCCCUUAGCUCACUUAGACAUAAUUUAAACUUAUAAUAAUUAGCAUGGAAUUUUAUGGAUAUUUAUGUUUCAUUAUUUGUCUGGCACCAUCACUGCUUGCUACCUAACUGGAAUACUUGCACUAUCUACUGAUAAUAUUAACCCUUUCCCACUCAGAAGCAAAGUGAAAAUGGUUAUGUGCAAACAGCAUAAAACCAAUACAGCCUAGGAGUAACUCGCAGUCUGUUCAGGUUUUAUGCUGUUUGCUGCUCAUUAGUAUCUAUGAAUUGGAAAUGAAGCCUUUAAAACUUGAAUUUGGUAAGACAGGUCUUUAGUUAAAUAAUACUUUUAAAGUGACAAAAUAAAAGUGGUAAAGGGAUAAAUACAUAUCUAGUGGUAAAGGGUUAAACCUCUUGAAACUUCUUGCUGACCCUGACCUGGUUAUUCAUUGUUAGAUUUUACUACUUCAGUAGCAUUUACACUGCUUUCUACAUCUAUGGAACUUGUACUUGACCAUUCCCUGUCCAUAUCGCCUUACCUAAUUUUGACGUUUACUUUGACAUUGACUUAAAAUGGACCAAUUGAAAUGGUUAAUUUAUUUGGUAACUAAAUGUUACUAUGUCAUCUAGCAUCACCAUUAAGCUAGGAAAUGUGAGUGUAUCAAACAACGAUCCUUGUUUUAUUUUUAUUAACUUAGAUAUGAGGUAUUAAUUUAUAUUAGCACAUUUGUGUUCAAAAAUAAUCACAAAUAUAUCUGCUUCUAUAGAAAUACAGAGUAAGGGGCCUACCACAGUGCAGUUAUCAACAGAAGGGACAUUGUGGUAGCCUCCCUUGGACAUGUAGGAAAAAUGGUUUUGUGUUUGUCUGUACAGUACAUUUAACAUGAUUCUGUUCAUUUUAGUGAAACUUUUGUUCAACACUAACAUGGUAUAGCAAUUACACUGCCAGAUUAUAAUAUGCUAUUUUUUACGAUUGAUGUGCAACAUGAUUAUUAUUCACAUUUUAUUACUUUUAUUUAAUUCAAAUGAGCCUUGUCCUGUAAAAAGGUGCUUAAUGCAUGUGCAUAGAGUGUUGUCCCAGAUAAGCCUGUGCAGUCGCACAUGCUAAUCAGGGACGACACUUUCCACCUUAACUGUAUUUUCGUCCAGAAGGGUCUUCUUUUAAACGAAAAGUGCAAUAAAAGCAGAAAGUGUUGUCCCUCAUAAGCCUGUGCGGACUGCACAACCUAAUCUAGGACGACAUUGUACGCACAUAGCGGACUGCACAACCUGAUCUAGGACGACAUUGUACGCACAUAGCGGACUGCACAACCUGAUCUAGGACGACAUUGUACGCACAUAGCGGACUGCACAACCUGAUCUAGGACGACAGUGUACACACAUAGCGGACUUCACAACCUGAUCUAGGACGACAGUGUACGCACAUAGCGGACUGCACAACCUGAUCUAGGACGACAGUGUACUCACAUAAACCUCCUUUGCACAGACUGAGGCUCAAAUAUAUCACAUUUUAGCUUAAAAGCAAACAAUUUUACAAGAGCAUGCAUUAUUAUUUAAGUUUUUUUUCUAUAACAUAUUUGCCUUAGCUUACUUGGCUGCCCAUACUAACCCAGAUAAGCCCUACACCAGUUGCAUUAAGCAUGAUUUGUUUUGAAUUGUAUGUAGCCAAAUUGCAACAACAGUUAACAACUGGUAGCUCAUUCUGAAGAAGUAAUUAAUAAUAAAUAGAAAUGUUAAUGAAGACAUUUUAGUUUACAUGUUAUUAGUUUAAGUACAACAUGAAAUGAGUACAUCAACAUUGUUAUUUAUCUUACAAGUAGUAUAUACUGUAGAUGUUCAUUUUGUUGACAUGUGUUUGAAAGUGAACACAAUCAUAUAUUUUUUCAUACCUGAUAUCUGCCGGAGAUAAUGUUGCCUGAUAUAUUUUUUAUGUCAUGGUCAACAGGAAGUUCUUCUUUCAGUCAUGUGUGGAGGAUGGUCAUAUUACUUGGAAUCAACUAUGAAGUAAUCAUUUUUACUAAAAUUGAAUCAGAUUCAACAAAACAAACAAUGUCAUACCAAGAUGUAAUAUAUUUUAAACACAAAAUGCAACACAAACAGCAAAAAAUAUUUUUCUACAAAUAUUAAGCGCGCGUGCUCAUGACGUCAUUAUUAACACGUCAAACGACAAAAGUAAUAUUCUUUCCUUCCAAAACUGCAGCUUUUUAGCGUUUUUUUCUCCAUUAUUUCUUUAAAAUCAGGGACGUAGAGGUAUGAUAAACAGAAAAACAGGUUACUGCCUGAUCUUUUUGUAAUAUAUCAGGCCUCGCCGUUAUAUUAUUCUAUACUUUGCCUGAUAUAUUACAAAAAGAUCAGGCAGUAACCUGUUAUUCUUUAUAUAUAUUUGAGUCAGGUAAGAUUAUGUCAAGUAGUUCAUAACAGUGCUUGCAUCUUGAGAGACAUACAUGUCAUUAGUUUUUUGACAAUUAUACAAAUGGGUUAAAGUUGUAACACAUGACACACUGAAAAGCUUUAAAUGUUGAGUUCCAUGUAUUGCAAUUUCACUCCGGUAAAAUGAACAUGUAAACCAAAAAUAUGUUUAAUUUUUCAUUUGAACAUACUAAUGCUAGACUUAAAUAAUCAAAACUUGCAUUUUAAACAAAAUUUGUUUUGAUGAAAAAAGCAUUUUGUGCGCUAAGUUUCAAAUACAAAAAAGAAUACAAGAGUUUCCUGUUUGGGGUUUGAUAACUUUUGUUGAAUGUGUAUUACUUGUGCAAUAUUGUAAUUGUUUGUGCAGCUUCUUUGUUGAAUUAGAAUAAUUGCUGGAUGAUUGUCAAGGUUUAUAAUUAUUGUACUAACAUGUAUGUAUACUUGAUAGGAUAGUUGUCCGAGUAUUGUUCCAGUAUUUUAUCACGAGAUUUUACAUCAACCUUGUUCUGUAUGUACUUUAGACAUGCAAUACUUAUUAUGAAUUAUCUAUGAAUGCAUAUUUAUUAAGAUAUAACUGGUGGAAGCAGUAAGACUAUAUUUACAGAUAUUUGUUUAGUUUUUGUGUUGAAAGCCCAUAAUCACUCAAAAUCAACAAAUAUUUUGUACAAUAAAAUUAAAAUAUCAAAGUGAUAACAAUAAAGUUAACACAUAAAAAACAAUUAUCCUUAUAGUAGUGGCAAAAAUUUCAACGCUAAAUUUGGAUUGCUUCGGGCAGCAUCCGAAGGAAGACAUCGUUCUCAUAAAUACAACGAUCUUCCAAUGCUGCCCGAAGCCAGUUUCGUGUUUGCUCAUAAAUGUUUGGAUAUUGUGGCAGAAAAUUAACAUGGAAUAUAUUGUCACACAAAAAAUAAAACUAUCAAUUUGUAUCUAUCAUACCAUACCACAUCUAGCGUUAAAAUGUUGGCUAUAACGCUAGAAGGAACACUGAUUAUGGGUUAAAUUUAUUUUAUGAAAUAUUUUGAAAAUAUUUGUGAAUGCAAGUAUUUAUGUAACUUUAAUUAUAUACUUGUAAUGAAAAUGUUUGGAAAUACAUGAACAUGCAUAAUAAUUUAUAAUAUCAACAUUUUGUUUACCUUCGCAAGUAGUUGUAGAAUAUACUUGUUGUUUACCUAAUUGUAGACUUUUGAGAAGGAAAUAAUCAGCAACAUAUGUAACAACCAACCUAUGGGCCAUGCUUUGUGAAAAAGGGGUUUUAAUGUAUGUGCAUACGCAGUCCACACAGUCUAAUCAGGAACACCACUUUCCACUUUAUGCCUAGUGGAUUCACUCAUCCUUCUAAAUUGAAUCAAUUUAUUUCCAAAAUUAGGGAUGUCAAGUAUAUUUAUUUCUAUAUUUAGAAUAUUUCUAACAGAAAUUCCUGUAAGCAAACAGCGCAUCAUGUGGCUGCUCAUCUGGGUCUACGCUGUUUGCCAAGGCCUUUUUUCUAGACGCUAGGCAUAAAUGGGUUAAUGGUUCUUUUAAAGAAAGUCCCUUGUUAGCGAAAAUGCACUUUAGACGGAAAGUGUCAUCCUGAUUAGUCUUUGCGGACUGCACAGGCUGACUGCACAGGCUGACUGCACAGGCUGACUGCACAGGCUGACUGCACAGGCUGACUGCACAGGCUGACUUCACAGGCUGACUGCACAGGCUGACUGCACAGGCUGACUGCACAGGCUGACUGCACAGGCUGACUGCACAGGCUGACUGCACAGGCUGACUGCACAGGCUGACUGCACAGGCUGACUGCACAGGCUGACUGCACAGGCUGACUGCACAGGCUGACUGCACAGGCUAAUCUGGUGAGACUUGCAUUAUCUCCCCUUCUCACAGAGGUAGGCUCAUAUUGUUUAAAUGAUAAAGUUUGAAUAAUUUUCAACCUGCAUUUAUGAAUAAAAAUGAAUGCAGCAUAAAACUUUUUACAUUGAGGUUAAUGUUUGAGAGAUUUGAUGCUUGCUUUGUUAGUGAUUAAUAUUUAUUUAGUGUACGUACAUUUUUUUACGUUUAUUUUAUUUUAUUAAAUGGAUGUUGUUUUACACUUCUGUACUGCAAUAAAUAUUGAAACUGCA